CGGUCAAUUUAUGCCAGACUAAAUGACACAAGAGCCCAUAACACAGUCGUCUUGAGACAUAUUUCAUAGCAGAGGGAGUUGGUAGCAGUGCAGACCAUACUUCAUUUGUUUCUCCGUAUUGCAAUUUAAACGUUGCACUGAACGUUUAAAGUCUCACAUAUUUAACAUUUAAAUCCGUUUAAGAAAGCUAAACUGAAACACGCAAUGUGUUAUUGCAAACCUAUGAAUAACAAUGGCGAGUCUCUCAAUAGAAAACAGCAUUGUUGUGUUCCCCUACCAUUCCAAACAAACUGCUUUCCGUUUCUAUAGUAAUCGUUGUGAUUGUUAUUCACCAAACAUGGCACGAAUGAGAAGGAUGUUUUUCUCUAUUCAAAAGCGUAUUAAAAAAGUUAACCUUAAGAAUUUGCGUGUUCUGAACCAUGGUUUAAAGGUGGAGAGCAGGAAGCGACUACUGGCAGAUCGAGCAAGACUCGAGGCAGAAGUUGAACAUUUACAAGUAGAACUAAAAGCAAAGAAUUGUGUGAUCAAUUAUAAGGAAUCACAGUUGAUAUGUGUUGCGGCUCUAGAAGAACAGGCAGAGCAGCUGGCACAAACAAUAAGGACCAUGAUGUCAGAGGAUGAAAGAAUCAGAAAGCAAUUCCAAUAUCUUUCUAUGAGACUGGAAGCCAACGAAAAUGAAAUAGAGGUUUUGCAGUCAGGAGUUGCCGAAUUGAAAGACCUACUGUUAAGAACACAUGCCAUUCUCAAGAACAAGGAAUUGAGAAUUAAACUGCUUGAAGAAGCACAGAAUGAAAUGGCUAGUAAGGAUUGUGAGCUGCGUGUCUACGAAGAGGAGAUGCAUGGCCUGAUCAGGAAGCUUGUCAAAGCUGAGGAGAUGGUGGCAACUAAAGACAAAUUAAUAGAACGUCUUUUAUAUAACUUAAAUGUGGUGUUUGAACACAAUAAUGACCUCAUAAAUCAUUACUUCCAAGUCUGUGACAGACUUGAGGUUCUUGAGGCCCAGCAUUGUCAUAAAGAGAAGAUCAGGUGUAGUAAAGGCACGAGUUUCGCUUCAACUAAUGCAGAUCAUGGACGCAAUGCUGAGGACAAUUUAUUGGCGAAACGGCUACCUACCUAUGUCUUCACUAGACGAACUCUGAAGGAAUACAGUGAUGACCCAAAUGGUCCUCAAGGGAAUGAACAGGAAGCUGAGCAAGCCCACAGUAAUCAGCCCAUCAACGCACCCAGUGUCGCCAGAGCUGAACCUUCCCAGUACCACACUGCAACUUUGGAUGACUUCAAGAACCUGAGAGAUCUAGGAAGCGGUGGCUAUGGAGCGGUGUUCCUGGUGGAAAAGAAUGGUGGCAUUGAUCACAGAAGAUUAUAUGCCAUGAAGACAUUGCAGAAGAAGGAGAUCUUUGAGACAUUGAAGGGUCCUGAAAUGUUUAUAACCGAAUGUUUGGUACAUGAGAAGGCUCGUGGCUCACCAUUCCUAGUGAAACUGUACUACAGGUUCUGCACAAAUGAAACGAUCUACCUCUUACUGGAAUAUUAUCCAGGUGGGGACAUGCUGGACUUGUUAAUGCAGUUGGACACAAUUUCAGAAGACGAGGCAAGGGUGUACCUGGCCGAAGUAAUCCUAGCCAUAGAGCAUCUCCAUCGGAUUGGUAUAAUACACCGGGACAUCAAGCCAGAAAAUAUAUUGAUCGAUGCUCGAGGUCAUAUCGCUGUCACGGACUACGGACUGUGUAAACAAAUGAUCUAUGCAAAGGCUGACCGUACGGACUCAUUCUGUGGGACGAAAGCAUAUAUGGCACCUGAGAUGGUCACCAGUGGAGGUCAUGGCAUGGAAGUGGACUGGUGGGCUGUAGGCAUAUUGGCAUAUGAGAUGUUGGCUGGACGCACACCAUUUGUAAUUCAAGGAGAAGAAGAAGAAGAAGACAAAAAAAAGAUAUCCCUGAUGGUACGAAUUUGUUCUGAAGAUCCAGUCAUCCCAGAUGAAUUUUUGCCAGACGUGGCACAUUUGGUAACAAGAUUGCUAGAGAAAGACCCGCAAAAACGUUUAGGCGCAGGGAAUGAGGGUGCUGCGGCCAUCAAGAGGCAUCAAUUCUUCCACGGCAUCAACUGGGCAAGUGUGGAACAAAAAGCCAUCGAUAUGCCAUACCUGCCACGUGUUAAUGACAAGGCGCAUGUCGACGCCGUUCAGGAUAUCCCGGAGAGUGACAGAUUUACUAAGAAUGAGAAAUUUACGCUGAAGAGACAAGAGAGACUGUGUGACUGUACUACUCCUGCUCCUGGCUGCCAUCUGCACGCCCACAGCAGAUCUGAGCAAGUGGAGUGCCCAGGACAAGCGGAUAAUGGAGAUCGAGUGAUGCCGAUUAAUGGAGAUGUUCGUGAUGAGGGGUUGCAAACUGUAGAAACGCAAUCAAGUGGAAAAGAGGAGGGAAACAUAGAGACCAACAACUACAUAAUUAAUAGUUCCCCAAGACAGUUGUAAUUAUUUAAUUUGCUUUAUCCUGAACUAAUUUCACACCACAGACCAUAAUUAUUUGUGCUCAAUCGACACUGAACGACAAAUGUCUGAAAAAAUAAACGCUCCCGAUCAGAGGUGGGUAUGAAGAUGGUGGCCUUCUGGGAUAUUACGCUGUGGAGUCUCACUGGAGUGUGUAAUGCUGUGCGUGGGAAAGAGACUGCUGGAUGAGGGAAGGGAGAAUCAAGGUUAGGGCAGACAGAGCGAGGUUGUGGUCACCCCCUUUGUCGCACUUGCUCCUUUUCCUGCUGUCUUCAUCUCGAACCUCCCUCCUCAACCAUCAGUCUGACCUGCUCCUGUUCUCUGCACAUGGAAAUGUCAGUCAGCAUCUACAAGACUACACGGUGCAAUUUCCGGAAUGCGGUGUCUUCAACGGAAGUCUUUCUUGUAUCCAUAGUAUGAGGACUGCUCAGAAAUGAUUGCGGCUUACCUGGAGUGUUAGCUGAUAAUGACAGCUGCAUAAUCAUGAGUCCAGUCAUCAUUUCUUUGCUGUGCGUUAAACUUUUGAUAUGACGUUAUUACGUGCUGUGUUAGGUGAGCGUGGAUGAUCGGGGUAAAGAGCCCACUGUUGGCUAUGGUGUUGAACCUGUUCAGUACAAAGAAAGUUGAUUUUAUUUUGUCUGGAAGAGGAUUUCUAUUGGGAUGGGAGGGGGUUGGAUAUGUAAGUCACAAAGUGUUCCAUGUAUCUCAUAAUUUUUGUAAUGUAUUAAAUUACUUCAUCAUUUUAA